CCAAAGCUUCAAUCUUCAAAACCAUAGAUAGCUACCUUCUCUUCCAAAUCUCCGCCGUCACCAUCGCCGCCGCCGUCACCGCCACCGGAACCGCCGUGGAUCAUGACGAAUAAUAGUCAAUAUUAUGGCGCAAGAGAACCUAUCGCUGAAAAACUUGGUCUGGAUUAUCCAUUUCCACCCCACCUAGAAUAUGUAUACCCAGCUCCCGAUGGACAAAUUCUGACCAACAUUGUAAAUGCUCUUAUCGCCGUUCCCCGAUUUUAUACGCAGGUUUUGCAUUUGAUGAACAAAAUGAAUAUUCCAGCACCGUUUCGGAAGGCGCUGCCUACUCCGCCUCUACCAGUAUCAGUACUGUUUCCGCCACAACCGCCGUCCUCGGAGACUAAUGCCAAAGACGUAUCUAGUAGCGAAUCGGAAAUGGGGUCUUCGGACGAGGACGUUGGAGUAGAGGCUGGACCUAAUCGAAAGCGUGUCAAGAGAGAAGCUAUUGUAGGCCCUGCUGUCGACAAGGAUGUGUCUCACGAGGCUGUUGGGUUGAAACAAGUUACAUUAGUUCCAAAAGAAAAGCCUACCAUAAAAAAGAAGAACUCCGUUCUGCAGAUAAGAAUAGCACCUAAGCCAAUUCAACAUGAACCAAAGGAUGACGACGCCACCAAGGAAUCGCAAGAGGCAAACCUAGAAACUUCUGAAAACGAACCUUAUGCAACUGUGGAGAAACUAAAUCGCGGAAAAUUGCCUCCGGAGGAAAUCUUGUCGCUUCCUAAAUUUAAGAAUUACACGGCUGGAGAUCCUACUUGUGUGUUGUACAUCAAGAACUUGGCAAAAGAUGUGGUUGUGGAUGACUUGUACUUUAUAUUUGGAUCGUUUUUUGGGAGCAUCGAUGCAGCCAAGUCCAAUCUUUCUGUUAAAUUAAUGCAGGAAGGAAGAAUGAGGGGCCAAGCUUUUGUUACGUUCCCUACGGUUGAAAUUGCUCGUAAUGCUUUGAACUUGGGAAACGGUUACGUAUUUAAGGGGAAGCCCGUUGUCAUACAAUUCGGCAGGAGUCCUGCAUCUGCUAGACUCAACUAAAGGGAGAAGAAAGAAACAUCUAACUGAGUUGAUUGUGUUGCAGUAAUCUUAUGGGAUAUUAUUGCUGUCACUUUGUAUAGUCUUUGAUAUUUGUGUUAGUUAUUGUAUUUCAUACUAUAUUCAGACUAAUAACUGAGGAACCAGUACCUAAUUGGUUUUAUUUUAUUGUAUUUACAUACAAUGUAAAUAUUUUUAGUGAAAUGUUUUUUGGGGUCUGAAAAUUGCUGUUUGCAACUCAUACCCCAAAAAGCUCUCUCUAAAAAAAGAAAAAAACUCAAAAAAUUCAAAAAAA